CUUCCUCCUUGGUUCCCUCCUCCAACGAAAACGAGACGCAAAUCCAAAGCGGCUGCUCUGCUUCUGGCGAAGAGGCAGCAAGGAGCCAAGAACUCGCUCGUCGAUCCGGCGAGCCCCCUCAACAUAUCGGUAAACCGUUCGACGAAAUGCCCCCGAAAGACGCAGAAGCGCAGGGUGCGUCCAGCGGCGGGGGCGGCUGCAGCGACCGCCUCAGCGGCCUUUCGGACCGCACCCUCAUCCGGAUCCUGUCGCACCUCAAGGCGUGGGAGGCGGUGCGAACGUGCGCGCUCUCGAAGAGGUGGGGCGGCCUGUGGGCCUAUGCGUCGCGCCUCGACAUCCGACAGCCGUGCUGCUGCCGCAGCCCCAUGGCCCUGGGCUUGGGCGAGCCCCGGACAGAGGCGUUCGCCUCGUUCGUCAAGAACCUGCUGCUCCGCCGGCGCUCGCUCCAGCCGCUGGACGCGCUCCGCCUCUGCUGGAGCCACGAGGCCCACGACGGCGACGCGAACACCUGGAUUGCCCACGCCUUCAGGCACGGCGCGAAGGAAAUCGAGCUCUCCGGGAAGCAUCACGCCGUGUACCCUUUGCCAGAGUACAUGAGCUUCAUUGCCUGCGACGACUACACCAAGAUCCGCCUCAAGACCUUGAAGCUUAUCCAUCUCAAGCUGGAUGACACCACUCUCACGCAGCUCUGUUCUAGGUGCUCUUGUUUGGAGGAGCUAGAGCUUACGGAUUGUCGCAUACCGGCCAAGAAGAUUCAGUCAACCUUGCUGAAGCGUUUGACCAUGAUCAGGUGCGAAAUCCCCAGAGGCCUCUUAGUUUACGCUCCGAACCUUGUCUCGCUCUGGUGCAGCAGAACUUUUGGAUAUGUUCCCUGGAUCGAGAACUUGGGACCACUAGGAGCAGACAAUAUCAAGCAACGGGCACCACGUAAGUACCCUGACUGCCCCGGCCUCGUUUCUUGCAACCUCAAGAUCUUGAAGAUCUCGCGUGUCCAGCUGGAUGACACCACCCUCACGCGGCUCUGGUCUAGGUGCACUUUUUUGGAAGAACUAGAGCUCAAAGAUUGUUUGGUGGACGGCAGGGAGAUUCGAUCCACCUCGCUGAGGUGUUUGACUCUGAACAGCUGCAAAUUCGCUAUUGAAUCUGGGGUUCAUGCUCCAAACCUUGUCUCGCUGCGCUGCAUCAAACCUUUUCAAUAUGUUCCUUGGAUCCGGAACAUGGAAUUCCUAGUCACAGCAAGUAUUGUACUUGAUGACUCUUGCUUGCCUCCUGAUCGUCAAUGGCCACAGGAUGAGCAUGACCAAGAUGAAUCUGAUCAUGAUGGUGACUUUUUUUAUGCUGGCGCUGCGGAAUCUGAUGAUAACAGCGAUGGUGAAUCUGAUGAUAACAUCGAUGAUGAAUCUGAUCAUGAUGAUAACAUUUUUGCGCAUUCUGGCGCUGAAGACUCUGAUGAUAACAACGACAAUAAAUCUGAUCCUGAACGUGAUACUGAUGACUACUAUGAUCCUGGUUGUUCUGAACCUGGUGAUGAAGAGGACGAUGACUGUACUGUAGGCUAUGGUGAGAUUGCAGAGGAGUAUAAAGAUCAACCAUCCUGGUAUGUCAACCAAGGCCAUAAUCAGAGUGAGGAUGACCCCAGCAAUGAUUGUGGAGGAAAGUUUGGGGGCGAGGGCUGUAUUAAUUUAGGUGGCAAUGGUAUGCUUAGGAGCCUAUCAAAUGUGAGAACAAUGGACCUAUUAGCUCAUUCAGGAGAGAUGGUGCUGAGGAGGGAAUUGGAAUCAUGCACUGACUUCAAAAACCUGAAGACUCUGUCCCUUGGUGAAUGGUGUAUAACUCCUGACUUUGGUGUAUUAGCAACCAUACUUCAGCGCUCACCAAACUUAGAGAACCUUUUUCUUCACCUAGACAUGGCCUACAAGAGCAGAGUGGGCAUCAAUCUAAGGGGAAGUUCAUUCACAUGCACCCACCUGAAGAUGGUGAAGAUCACAUGCUCUAAGCGUGAUAUAAUAGUCCACAAAUUGGCUGAGUUCUUCAGAGCAAAUAGCAUACCGCAUGGGAAGAUUUCUGUCCGUCGAACUGCCAGCACUGGUAAUGUCAAUGGAGGUGCAGGUUCCCAGCCGAAGCGCAAGGCGCAAAGUGAAGCUGAAAAGAGAGAAGCAAAGCAGAGGAAGGCAGGAGACUGAGGAAGCCCCGGCUGAGGUAAAGGUGAUGGGGGUCAGUUGAUGUGAUCCUGCUAUUGUGUUGGCGGAGAUGAUGAGUUGGGCCAGCUUGUUGCUGUCUCACCGUGUCAGUGAGUUGCCUAGUUUAGAUUGUAUUCUGAACAAAAAACGGUGGCAGAACUCGUGAUGCAUUUUCUUGUGGUGCAUCAACAUUUCAGUAUAGCUGUAUAGGUAUGACUGCAUAUGUGUUCAGCACUGGGUUGCAUGGAAAGGGUUGACCCAAAAUUCAGAAUGUUUAGUGACUCAGAACACAAGCUCCAGAUAUCCUCUGCUGAGGAGCAAUGCAUAUGGAGUAAUUCUUACUGAAUAAAUCUGUUC